CUAAGCAAAUAAAAGCCUCACACUAGCCCUCAUGAUUUUCCCAUUCAAAUUCUCUACUUUUUCCUUCCCUUUUUCUUUCUUUCCUCUCCCUGUUUUUGCCUUUUUAAAAGAAAAAUGCAGAGACUCAUAGCAGUGGUGCUGUUUUUAUUUUGCGCCACUUCUCAAUUAGCCUCUUCUCUCAAUGAUGGUUUGUUGCCAAAUGGAAAUUUUGAGUAUGGGCCUAAGCCAUCGGAAUUGAAAGGAACUAAAGUGAUGAGCCCCAAAGCAAUACCGAAUUGGGAAAUUUCAGGCUAUGUUGAGUACAUCAAAUCAGGUCAAAAACAAGGUGACAUGUUGCUAAUAGUACCUGAAGGAGGCUUUGCAGUUAGGUUAGGCAAUGAGGCAUUGAUUAAGCAGAAGAUUAAGGUGAUUAAAGGCAUGUUUUACUCUCUAACCUUCAGCGCGGCUCGGACAUGUGCACAAGAGGAAAAGUUGAAUGUUUCGGUUUCUCCGAACUACGAGAAAAACGACUUUGGUUUGUUCCCGAUUCAGACGAUGUAUAGUAGCAAUGGAUGGGAUUCGUAUGCGUGGGCAUUCCAGGCUUCUGAGUCUGUAAUUGAGAUCUCGAUACAUAAUCCUGGUGUGGAGGAAGAUGCUGCUUGUGGCCCUCUUAUUGAUUCCGUCGCAUUGAAGACCUUGUACCCUCCAAAACGCACCCGAGUGAAUCUAUUAAAGAACGGAAAUUUCGAAGAAGGUCCUUACAUCUUUUCAGGACCAGUGUCCGAAGGUGUCAUAAUUCCACCCCACAUUGAAGAUGAUCACAGUCCAUUACCUGGUUGGAUUAUCGACUCCCUCAAAGCCGUUAAGUACAUCGACAGCGACCACUUCACCGUCCCCGAAGGCAAGCGAGCAAUUGAACUCAUAGCUGGUAAAGAAAGUUCCCUCUCACAAGUCGUGAGGACGACAAUCGGUCGGGACUACGUCCUUUCCUUCACCAUUGGUGAUGCUAACAAUGCAUGCGAAGGUUCCAUGGUGGUCGAGGCAUUCGCUAACAAGAACACUGUCAAGGUCACGUAUGACUCGAAAGGCAAAGGAGGAUUCAAGCAAGCGAGACUACGAUUUAAAGCUGACUCGACACGAACCAGGAUAAUGUUCUAUAGCACGUUUUACACCAUGAAAAAUGACAACUCGGGUUCUCUCUGUGGACCGGUGGUGGAUGAUGUGAAGUUGGUUAGUAUUCGAAAAUUGCAUCAUUUGUAAAAUUCAUGUUUUAAAUUUGUUUUGCAUUGAUUAUGCUACAAAUUAAUGUGUUUCAUCCAUUUAGGGGUUUACUUUAGGAUUAUUUAAUGUAACAAAUUAAUGAGUUCACCACCAAUGUUUACAUUUAUGUAUCUACUUUCUUCGUUAAAUUAAA